AUGAAUGAAACAUUGACCAAAUUGCAAGGAGACUACAUUAACAUUAUAACGAAAAUAAUAAAUAUUGUGUUUUUACUAGAGCAGAUGCUGAAUAUGUAUAUUAAAGAAUUAUCAAAUGAAGAUUAUUUCAGCUUUUUAUCCGUUAAAGCACUGUUUGAUGAAAAUUCAGAUGAAAGUCAAGAGAUUUCUGACCUACUGAAGCUAUUAGAAAACUUAAAGGAUAAAAUGUCUGUGAGGUUUAGUGACUUCAGUAAGUUCCAAGAACCAUUUCGCUUGGUGGAAAAUCCAUGGGCAAUAUCAACAGCAAAUGUACAACAGCUCAUCUUUCUAUUUUUGGAUACGAAGCUAGGGAUUUGA